ACCGGAUGAGCUUCAGCUGUUUAACGUCAAAACAAUCCGGAAGACGAUCCAGCGGUGAGGGACGAGGUCAAGGCUGAAGUCAAUGCAAUUGUCCUCCGCAUGGCGACUUAAUGCAAGAAUGCUACCGAGCAUAGGACAGACUUAGCAAGGACCCUGCGGUGCUUUAUGGGGUGGAGGUCUGCAGUCCAGCGUCGCUCACGUCUAGGACUCGGAAGUCCUUGUUAACAUAGCGGUUUAGCAUUUAAAGUGGUGCAGCUCGCCGUAGACCUCCGCUCAGAAUCAUCAUGGGCAAUGGUAUGAAUAAGGUUGUUGACGGGCUCUACCUGGGGAAUAUAAGAGAUGCAGAAAACAGAGACAGUUUAUCCAAAAAUGGCAUCACCCACAUCCUUUCUGUGUACAACAAUGCUAAACCUGUGUUCGAGGACAUGACGUACCUUUGCAUUCAUGCCGCUGAUGCUUCCAGCCAGAACCUAUUGCAGCAUUUCAAAGAGUGUAUUGGCUUCAUCCAUGAAUGUCGCCUGAAUGGUGGAGCUUGUCUAGUUCACUGCCUGGCAGGUGUGUCCCGCAGCACUACCAUGGUGGUGGCCUACCUGAUGACUGUCACCCACCACAGCUGGGAGGAGUGUCUGUCUGCGGUCAAAGCUGUUCGCUCCUUUGUUGGACCAAACUACGGCUUCCAGCAGCAGCUCCAGGAGUACCAGACCUCACAAGUCUCGGAGUUUCGAGACUGGCUACGGUCUAAUUUCCGUCCCAGUCCCUUCAAUGACCAGGAGCAGGUGAAAGCCCUCCUGACACUGUACACGGAGCAGCAGGAGAGCCAAAGGAGAGGAGGAGAUCAGCCCUCGAUCAGAGAGCAAGCCACCUCUGAUCAUCCUGAAGGCAGCACUUGAAACGGUUCCGUCUUCAGUUAGUCUUCUGUACGCUCUUCUAAAUAAACCUCAAAGCUGUCUUCAGCAUUAAGGCCAUUAAGGUCAACUUAAAAAAGGAAAAAAAGACUUCCACCCCAGAGUAUCUUUUCUCUUUUCACUGCAUUUGUAUUUGGCUCACAGUCUUGACUCACAGAGGUUGAUUUACAACUGUGCUACAGAUUUAUCUAUUACAUGUACCUGCCACUAACUGAGUAUAGCCACAAUAGGGGUAUCAGUGUCCACAGAUGCCUUACUGUAAACACCUCACUACCUUAGGGUUUAUUUGUUUGUUUGUUUUCUUUUUGAGUCUUUACGUCUCCAGUUUUCUACUGGGCCCCCGUAGGCUCGAGUGAUGCUAUAAUGAACCGUUUAACUUACAUAUGUCACUACAGUGAUGAAAUAAAUAAAAAAAACUGCCAAAUUAUUAAAAUAUUUUGACUACUGAUUGGCAGUGCGGUUCAAGCGCUUGGAAGUAAACUCUUUAAUCAGUAUUGCAGCUUAUGAAGAUGAUGUGUUUUUGGAGGAAUGAGAUCAUGCACAUUCUGAUGUUCAACCCACUGUGGUUGACGUCUCACCUGCCAAGUCUUAAAACUACUGACAUUUCCUAAAAGUAGGAAUAUUAUUAUUUUUCCUCAUUUGGUUCAUAUUUCAAUAAAACUCAUAUUUAUGAAAAAUAACAACCACCCAUGGACUUCACAUAAGUGAAUUUUGAUGGGUAGUUGUGUUGGGUUUCCCAGAAACUCCUUCUGUAUUUUAUUCUUAUAAAAAAAAAGAAAACAAAACUGAAAUGAGGACAUUGAGAAAUCUCUACAGUCAAAUCCAGGAUCGCAUCUCUACUUUCAGCUGGCAGCCGUCAAGGGACACGAAGAACCAUAGUUACUUGUGUCCCUUCAGCCAUCUACUGGUAAUCUGCUUUAGCUGCCCUCAGGGCUGUAAAGACUGCCAUGAGAGAAUGGGAAUAUUAAGAAUAAACCCAACUCAAUUAGUAAUGCUUACAUUUUAAGUCUGUCAAAUUGAGCCGUCAGGUAAAAUGGAACAGGCUCUAUAAAAUGCUAUAUAAUCUAUAAUGUGAGUUUAAUUCUGAUCUGAAGUCCAAAUACUAAAGUCUUCCUGAUUUUACUAAAGCUUUGUUUUUUUUAAUUGUGUUAAAACUGACUUUUAUGGAAUUCUUAUAGAAUUUCUGUUAUAAAAUUAUGUGAUUUGUGAUUAAUUUGUAUACUUUGUUUUUUUUUGUUUUGUUUUCCUAAUGUAUUUUUAUAAUGAGCUGUAUUGAUUGACAUAAAGAUUUAAUUACAAAUAAAUCU